GUGUGUGCUGUUAAAAGCCGAGUCGCACAUGCUCGAUGACCCACACAAAGAGCUGCUGCUGCUGCUGGGGGGUUUCAACUUGAAAAAUGAGAAUAGGGUAGGGGGGCCGUAACUUCCUCUCUCUACUUUUUUUCCAUUCUCCAAACAUACCCCAAGUGACUUCCAUCCGAUCCAGUCGUGUUCAGUUUGAACUGCUCCAGUUCUCUACUCUCCUCGAGUCGUCCAUAAAAAGCGCGGAACCUGUACACAUCAAAGACAAUCAUCAUGGAACAGAGUAAUGACUACGUGGACGAUCCGCUUGUCGCCUACAAGGCUGGCUUAGCAGCAGCUCUGAGUUGUUUACUCACGGCCGAAGAGGGGGAGGAAAACAGAAUCAGAGGAAGCGAUUCCGGUUCUGCUGCCGCUGCUGCUCCUGGUGUUGUCGAGUUGUUGGCUUCCACCCUGCGGCUGCAUCUGCGCAAACAGCAGGCUUUCAACGAGUACUACUACAUCCAGAAGCAAAUAACAUCUGCCCGGCUCGUGACCGUUAACAGUCGCGAUAAUGACGACCUGCAAACUACUUUGACUACUACCAACACAGCAGCAGCAGCAGCAGCAAUUCAGACUGUGACUGAUGAUGAUGAAGACUCGAUCCGACGUCGCCAGUUGUUGAUGGAGUGCUUUCAGGGCGUCAAUCUUCACUAUUACUCGAGUUCCGUCCAUCAGACCAUCGCUCCGCCAUCAUCGCCCGAACCCAACACCAAUCAAGUCGGACCUAGUCUCUGAUUUGAAUUUCCCGCUUUUUUAUUAUUAGACUUUUAUUUUUAAAAUAACGUGUGCAAUUGAAAUGUUUGAUUUUUUUAUCAUGACGUGUCCAUCGAGUGUGUCCUAGUCGUCACCGCGCCAUCUUUGCCAUUUUCGAAAGAAAUAUCGAUCGACAAAGUCUCAUAUCAAUGACAAGCUAUCGCUUUCAGUAUUAUUAUUAAUUACGUAAUAUCAAAUGAAAUCGCCAAUUUUUUUUUUUACAAACAAUGUGGAAGG